CACCGCGCGCCGCACCGCCACGCUCCAUUGCACGCGUCCUUUUACACAUCCCAGGCCACACCAACGACUUCGUCAACAUGGGCCGUGGAGGCUACGACAUGACCGACGCCAACAGCAUGCGCUCUUCCGCAGCCAUGCACGCCCUCAAAGAGGCAGAUGAGCGACGCGCUGCAGAGUUGCGCAAGGCCAACGCGGAGAGAGAAGCAGAAGAGGAGGCGAAGCUCAUCCGGACCAAGAAGAGUAGAGGUAUAAUGGUAAGUCGUAAUUCGUAUUCAUCAAUGAGUGUGGGUAUCAUCUAACACAUCUAUGUACAGGCUGCUAAGCGGGAGGAGAAAGAACUGGCUGCGGAGGAGAAGAAGAAGAAGAAGAAGAAGUAGGACCCUCCGGAACGGACGUGUUCGACUCGGUUUCCCAAGCAGAACAGGACCGG